AUGGAGUUUAAUGGUGAUAGGAUCCCUUACCUGAGAGAUACAUGGAGAGAUGCAAACAUGAUCUGCGGUAUCUUGCCUAUUAACCCGAGCUCGAGCGGGCUAUGGCCCUCCCCGAAGCUCCCAGAUCCUCAAGCAAACAUUGAGUUCUGGAAUUACAUGUUUCCACAUGUUCAGAUCAUUUUCCUUAUCGUCACUAUUCUCUGGCAAUUCUUCCAUUUCUUCCUCAGACGUCUCGGCAUGAUUCGUUUCACCUCCCAUAUGCUUACUGGGAUUCUCUUGAGCAAGUCGUUUCUUAAGGAGAAUACACCGGCUAGGAAAUUCCUCUCGACGGAAGACUAUAAAGAGACUCUGUUUGGUUUAGUGGGUGCAUGUUCCUACAUGAUGUUUUGGUUCUUGAUGGGAGUUAAAAUGGACUUGAGUUUGAUCCGCAGCACCGGGAGAAAAGCUGUAGCUAUCGGUCUUUCCUCAGUGUUACUCUCUAUAACGGUUUGCGCCUUGAUCUUCUUCUUGAUCCUAAGAGAUGUAGGGACGAAAAAGGGAGAACCGGUUAUGAGUUUCUUUGAAAUCAUUUUCAUCUAUUUGAUCCAAUGCCUUUCGUCGUUUCCUGUAAUUGGAAACCUUCUUUUUGAGCUUAGGCUCCAGAAUUCAGAGCUUGGCCGUCUCGCUAUGUCUUCUGCAGUGAUCAGUGACUUCAGCACCUCGAUCCUCUCUGCGGUUCUAGUCUUUCUAAAGGAACUCAAGGACGAUAAAUCUCGGCUUGGAUCAGUUUUUAUCGGAGAUGUUAUUGUUGGAAACCGUCCUAUGAAGCGUGCGGGCACAGUGGUCUUGUUUGUUUGUUUUGCCAUAUACAUAUUCAGACCAUUAAUGUUCUUCAUUAUCAAGAGAACACCUUCUGGUCGUCCCGUAAAGAAAUUCUAUAUAUAUGCAAUCAUCAUUCUUGUCUUUGGAUCAGCCAUUCUUGCCGAUUGGUGCAAGCAAUCUAUUUUCAUAGGACCUUUUAUCUUAGGCUUAGCUGUUCCACACGGUCCACCUCUAGGCUCUGCAAUACUUCAGAAGUUUGAGUCUGUGGUUUUCGGCACAUUCCUUCCUUUCUUUGUGGCUACCUCCGCGGAAGAGAUCGAUACUUCGAUUUUACAGUCUUGGAUAGAUCUCAAGAGUAUUGUCAUCCUAGUGUCUGUAUCGUUUAUUGUCAAAUUCGCUCUCACGACUCUCCCUGCCUUCUUAUACGGUAUGCCAGCAAAGGAUUGCAUUGCUCUGUCUCUAAUUAUGUCAUUCAAAGGCAUUUUCGAGUUCGGUGCUUACGGUUAUGCGUAUCAAAGAGGGACUAUUCGGCCGGUGACCUUUACGGUUUUAUCUUUGUACAUCUUGUUGAACUCUGCAGUCAUACCUCCGCUCUUAAAACGCAUUUAUGAUCCUUCGAGGAUGUACGCAGGAUACGAGAAGCGGAACAUGCUUCACAUGAAACCAAACUCCGAGCUCAGGAUUCUAUCGUGUAUCUACAAAACAGACGAUAUCCGUCCGAUGAUCAAUCUCCUUGAAGCUACUUGUCCCUCAAGAGAAAACCCUGUAGCUACUUACGUCCUUCACUUGAUGGAGCUAGUAGGACAAGCCAAUCCAGUCCUCAUCUCUCACCGAUUACAAACCCGUAAAAGUGAGAACAUGUCUUAUAAUUCUGAAAACGUCGUUGUCUCAUUCGAACAGUUCCACAACGAUUUUUUCGGCUCUGUUUUCGUUAGCACUUACACGGCUUUAUCCGUGCCGAAGAUGAUGCACGGAGACAUCUGUAUGCUGGCUUUAAACAACACAACGUCUCUCAUCAUCCUUCCUUUUCACCAGACUUGGUCUGCUGAUGGAUCAGCCAUUGUUUCAGACAGCCUAAUGAUCCGGCAACUGAACAAGAGUGUCCUCGACCUCUCUCCUUGCUCUGUCGGAAUCUUCGUCUAUCGAAGCAGUAAUGGACGGAGAACAAUCAAAGAGACAGCUGCAAACUUCUCAUCUUACCAAGUUUGUAUGCUCUUUCUUGGAGGUAAAGACGAUAGAGAAGCUUUAUCACUCGCCAAGAGAAUGGCUCGUGAUUCAAGAAUAACCAUCACAGUGGUUUCACUCAUCUCUUCCGAACAGAGAGCGAACCAAGCAACCGACUGGGAUCGCAUGCUCGACUUAGAACUACUCAGAGACGUGAAAAGCAACGUUCUAGCCGGUGCUGACAUUGUCUUCUCCGAGGAAGUAGUGAAUGACGCAAAUCAAACAUCACAAUUGUUGAAAUCUAUUGCGAAUGAGUAUGAUCUGUUCAUCGUCGGAAGAGAAAAAGGAAGGAAGAGUGUUUUCACCGAGGGGCUUGAAGAAUGGAGUGAGUUUGAAGAACUUGGUAUCAUUGGAGAUCUCUUGACUUCACAGGAUCUAAAUUGUCAAGCUUCUGUGUUGGUGAUACAACAGCAACAACAGAUGAUCUAGGAUUUUUAAGAAAUCAGGAGAUGACUAAUAGAACGAGUGUUUCUUGGGGAUAGAAACAUCGAUCGAUCAGCUGGAAAUGGCAACGAGAGAGUCUUGGGGCUUCUGGAAGUUGCCUCGGCACAUAUACAGAGAUGUGAAGCCCUAGUUGUUACCAUUUCAUGUUAGAAAUUGAUUAGAAACAAAGACUUUCUUGAGUUCCAAGUAAUGAUUACAAUGUUUUUG